GCAUGGAAAAUACAAGCAAGCUUCUUAAGAAAAGUAUAAACCGGCUAGGCUCCAACCCCAACUUGACUAUCAUGGACAACGACUACUUGGCCAAUCAGACAGAGCUUGAACAGGAAGUUACCUUUUGUGUAAUUGGUGCUUCUGGGGACCUCUCACGCAAGAAGACCAUGCCGGCUCUAUUUUCCUUAUAUUAUCACAACGUUUUACCCUUUAAGUUUCAUAUAGUUGGGUUUGGCAGGAAAAAUCUUUCUGAUCAAAGUUUUAGAGAAGCAGCUAUGGAGAAUCUUUCUUGUCGAACAGGUGUGGUUGACAAAGAUGAGUGUGACCGGAAAAUGCAACAGUUUCUACAGCAUGUUCACUAUGUUUGUGGACAGUACAACUCAGAAGAAGACUUUAGAAACCUACAUAAAUUUUGCUGCCGUUUGGAACAAGAUGAUGAUGCAGCAAGAUUGUUCUACUUAGCUGUCCCUCCUAGCGUAUUUGCUUUUGCCUUGAAAAACAUCAAGCUAUGUGCUACUGCGGAAAACGGCUGGACUCGGGUUAUAAUCGAGAAACCUUUUGGUAGAGAUAGUGAGUCAUAUGAAGAGCUUCGAGAGACGAUUUCCAAAUACUUUGAAGAAGAUCAAGUUUAUCGGAUAGAUCAUUAUGUCGGGAAAGAAGUUGUGCAAAAUAUUACCACAUUACGUUUCGGCAACUAUGUGUUUGAGUCACUUUGGAACAGAAAGCAUGUUCGUCGUAUAGAUAUACUAUUCAAGGAGAAUUUUGGUACUGAAGGUCGUGCAGGAUACUUUGAUAGUUUUGGAAUUAUUAGAGAUAUAAUGCAGAAUCAUUUGUUACAAGUCUUAGCAUAUUUAACUAUGGAAAGACCGAAAAGUUUUAAAGCAGAUGAUAUCAGUACGGAAAAGACGAAACUUAUUGGAUCGAUCAGACAGUUGAAGGCGGAGGAUUUCGUAACUGGUCAGUAUGAUGGUUACAAAGCGGAAGAGGGAGUUCCAGAAGACUCAACUACUCCUACCUUUGCUGCGUGUGUUCUUCAUAUUGAUAAUGAUCGAUGGAAGAAUGUUCCCGUUCUGAUGAUUGCCGGUAAAGGGUUAGAUGAACGUUUGGCAGAAAUAAGGAUACUAUUCAGGAAAGGACUAACAGAAUCUUUCUUGCACAAGGGAGAUAGUAUUGGGAAUCAGAUCGUAAUACGUAUUCAACCUGAUGAAAGUAUUAGUUUACAUAUUCUUUCAAAAGUUCCCGGUUUAUCGACUGAGCUACGGGAAACCUGUCUAGAUUUAACGUACAGAGACAAGUUUGAGCACGAAAGUAAAGAUAUUGCAGAUGCCUAUGAAAGACUCAUACUUGAUGCCAUUCAUGGAGAGAAGUCUUUAUUUAUAUACGAUGAACAACUUGAGGCUUCAUGGAAACUUUUUACUCCAGCUUUGAAUGAGUUGGAGUCGGAAAAGUCGCGUCCUCCUCUUAUAUACAAAUUUGGCGAUGGUAUUCCAUCAGAAGUGGAAAAUCUUCUUUGGAAGCAUGAAGCUGAAUGUGGCAAUUGCAUUGAGGCAGAACCAGCCCUGAAGGAUUUCCAUUCUAAUGAAUUUCGCAACAAUCUCUGAUUGCCUUGUGUAAUAUUGAUGUUUUCAUAAAAUUGUACUUUCUUGCACUGUUUAGAAAGUCUGUUGUGAUAUCCCAAUUGUUUGUGAGUCGGUCAGCAUUGAAACUGGUCUAGUGGUUCCAUUGGAUAUGAAGCAAGAUAAAAACGGUUUAUCAACAUUAUGAUACACAGAUUUGGAAAAAAUUGAUAGAUGAUGGAAUACAGCCAAACUGCUACUAGAGUUCACCUUCUUUUUCAAGUUUCUCGCCAAAAUCGUACACAUGAGAAAAUCGAAGAAAUACUAGAAAGAUCUUGUAGAAUGAACCCCGGAUCAUUGAAAGUCCACUUUUGUACCUAGGAAACAUCAAAAGCUGCAUUUUUAUUGCAGUCAAUUCGAUACAAGUUGGAUAGUUUGUGACACAAUCGAGUGCUAAUAGUUAAAAACCUGAACACGUAAUGAUGCCUUGAAAGGAACAAGUUUUCACUUAAAACUGGGAUAUUUUGAUAAAGAGCGAGAGAAGCACCAAUAUAAUGAGAGACUAAGUA